ACUGGUUAAUCUGUUACCAGCUCAAGGUCAACAGAGACGCUCUUGCUAUUUAGGUGUUUCAUUCAGGAACAAAGGUGCACACACACACACACACACACACACAUAACACUCACACACACCUGCCAAGUAGCAGCUUUACUUCACUUCGCUUCCCUCCGAACACGGAAACGUAGAGAGAAAUAAAACAAAGAGGCCGCUUGUUUGUACCUUCAAAUAUGCGCAGCAAUGGGGAACAGGCUCAACAAAACCCUGCAGAAGUGGGGUUUAAAUACAAGGAAACCUGAAGGAAAGAGAUCAACAAACAAAGCUCCACAUGCUGCCUCAUCCUACAAGGCUAAAGACGUGCGUAUAUACGACCAUGUAGCAUCCGAGCCUCAAUACGCCAGAGUGAAUAAACGAAAGAAGACCGACACUGAUAACUUGCACUAUGCCGAGAUUCAGGUGCUACAGUCUGAAGCCAUCAGCAAGCAGAAACCCGUGGAACACCACGACUCCACCACCGAGUACGCCACCAUAGACUUUCUAAGAAGCUUCAAGCCUGAUGCGUCUAGUAAACCUGCAGAUAUACUCAUUCCUCCUGGAGAGCUCCAGAGACCCAAGGGCAAAUCUCAGAGUGUAAAGAGUGCCUCCUUGAAUCAGGCUGUCAUUGUCUGACUUUUUUGACAUUGUGUGUUUUUAAGUCACUUGUACUGGUCAUUGACCACUUUAUUGGGAACAUGUGUCCAUCUGAUCAUUUAAAAUCAUACAGAUGUGGGUGAACUUGACCGUAACUUGGUUGUUUGUGCUCGGACAGUCUGAUUUGAAUGUUUCAAUAACAGGUUUUGACAUCACGUGUACUGUAAAUUAACUUUAAAAUGUGAAUUCAACAAUGAAUGAAGUAUUUUAAGUAUUGUCAAAGUUGUUUGUAAGGACAGGAUAAAAUUGGUCAGAUCAUUGCAGAAAUUCUUAGCAGUUUUACAGUACAGGUGUUGGUCAUAAAAUUUGAAUAUCAUGAAA